GCAGUUUAGCUCCGAAUAAUUCCAACAUGAUUAUUGCUGUUUUAAGUAAUAGUGAGCACUAUUUGCGUCAUUCCGAUGGAUUCCGUUCAGCGCUGUGCGAGGCAGAACAGUGGCAGCUGCACAGACAUAUCGGAAUGCGAGGUGGCAUCCUCAACCAUUCCCCAGCAAGUGGUGCCCCCCCAGCCAGUCUGCGACAGAAGUCUCAUCGAUAGCGUCGCAGGGUUCAUAAAUGAAGUCACGCUCAACAAUACCGUUGUUGGUGACUCAAAGGAUUCCAUACUAUGGGCUAGAUUUGAAACGGCUGAUAUAAAUGAGCCAAGUGCAAAAGAUGAAUAUGAUGCAGAUAGUGCAGUACAGCCACUUUUAUUAAUUCUUGGCUAUGGAUCGGGGAUACAGGUUUGGGCUGUGCCUGCCAAUGGAGAAGCCACCGAAGUAUUGGCUUGGAGGCAGGGUACAGUGCGCGUUUUACGAAUUCUUCCUUCACCCAAAGUUGAUAUUGAUUGUCCAGUAGAUCAACCAUCGGAUCAAUAUGAACAAAAGAGGCCAUUAGUAGCAAUUUGUGAUAAUUCUGGAUCUGGGCCGCAGUACUGCUCUGUUAAUUUUGUAUCAUUGAAAGAUGGCGACCAGGUCAAAAAGAUUAAGUUCAAUAAUCCAAUUCUGGAUAUCAUGGCAAAUCAACGUGUACUGGCAAUUACAUUUGUUGAAAGAAUAGCUGUAUUUGAAGCAAGCACUUUAGAACACAAGUUAAUUGUAACUACUUGUUAUCCAAGUCCAGGAAUAAAUCAAAAUCCAAUAAGUCUGGGUACGAGAUGGCUGGCUUAUGCUGAGAAAAAAUUAAUUAAUUCUAAAAGAAGUUCUGGUGGAUGUGAUGGUGAAGGAUCAGCAAGUUACACAGCGACAGUUCUACAUGCAGCAAAAUCGCUUGGAAAAGGUUUGCGUGGUUUGGGAGAAACUGUUGCCAGCAGUCUAUCUGGAACAGGAAAUCCGCGUGCAGGUUUUACACCAAUCAACGCUCCGCCUUCCCAAAACCACUCCGAUUCACUUCAAGCUGGUGUAGUUACCAUUUUAGAUUUACAGUGCCAAACAAUUGAUGCAUCAAAUGCUCCAGAUCCAAUGGUAGCACAUUUUGUUGCUCAUAAUGAUCCUGUUGUUGCAAUGAUGUUUGAUAUGUCAGGGAUGUUAUUAGUGACUGCAGAUAAACGCGGUCACGAUUUCCAUGUAUUUCGUAUUCAACCUCAUCCAGGAGGUUCAUCGUUAGCAGCUGUACAUCAUCUCUAUGUUUUGCACAGAGGAGACACCAGUGCUAAAGUACAGGAUAUUGCCUUUGCAAGUGACUCGCGUUGGGUUGCUGUAUCUACUUUGCGAGGUACAACACAUGUGUUUCCUAUAACACCUUAUGGAGGGCCUGUAGGAGUUAGAACCCAUGGAUCACCUCAUGUGGUAAACAGAUUAUCUCGAUUCCAUAGAUCUGCAGGUCUUGCUGCUGAUGGAAGAUCUAACAGUCCGAUAACUCUAUCAGAGACGCCAAUAGUUAAUCCUGCGGCUCCAUAUAAUAACCCUAGAAUUCCUCCUUUUCCACAUCCAACUGUAAUACAGCCACUAGCUCAAAUAAGGCAACCUAUAUCUUUAUCUGGUAAUAUAGUAAAUAAUUCAGGAGGGAGUUUGAAAUCUAAUACAGGGCGACAACGUAUUCCUUCAUAUUCUGAGGAUUCUCCUCAUAGUGUUCGGGUGUGUGCGACAUUUGCAUCAGCUAGAGCUUAUUUACUUGAUGCCACAAAUGCUCCUAGAGAUCACAAUCAUCGCACACAACAGAAGGUUGCCGAAUCCUUAUUCAUUAUGGCUUGCCAUGGAGCAAUGCUUCAAUAUGACUUGGAACCUAGACCACUCUCAGGCCUACCUAAAGAGAAAAUAUGUGAUGACACAGCCAUAGAAUUAGAAGUAGAGCCAAAAGCUCAAUGGCCAUUAAUGAGACAGCAUACAUCAAUGGACAUACAGCCUCCUCUUUCAACAUCAAAUUUACUGCUAAAAUCGAAAAAUUCAAAUCAUCAUGCAGCUACUCAAGAUGAGUGCGAAGAACGCUGGUUAUCACAAGUUGAAAUUGUUACUCAUGCUGGACCACACAGAAGAUUGUGGAUGGGUCCGCAGUUUAUGUUCAAAACCUAUAACACUAGCAAUCCUGGAUCUUGCGUAUCACUAAUGGAAGCAGAUUCUGUGGAAGUAGCUUGUUUACCAGGUUCGAGACCUGCUCGAUCAAACCCAGUGAACAUGCCAGGUUUGAACUCUGGUCAACCUCUAGUUCCAGUGUUAAUUGAAGCAGGCUCUUGUAGCAGCUUUGAGCAAUCUCCGCGGUUAUUAGAAGGUUUUCAAGAUCAUUUUGGUGAAUCAAAUAACUGCUUUGAUAUUUUGGGGGAUUCUCAACUAAAGGAAGACUUAGCUGAUGCUAUGAAAGAAUGUCCAGGAAUUGCGCAUAGAGAUUCAGGACGUCCUGCCCCGCGACAACCAUGCUCGGUUAAUGUCGGUGAGAACGCAUGCGAGACGAAGCCUGUGUUGAAAAUUGUCAACCCCGUGGGAACUGUGAUGUGUUUGCCGUCGGAACUAGAUGACCCUGCGGAAUCGAAAUCUGGUUUGCAGGAACAAAAUAGUGAUCAAUAUAUUCACGAAAAUUGCGACGAAGCCUUAUUUAGACCAGUAAUAACCGGCUGCAAUGUUAUCAUAGAUACUAUAGAUCCGGCGGCCGACGAUGUUUGUCUGCGCGAUAAAACGGUAACGGUGUGCAUCAAUGAGUCAACAGAAGAAGCGCUGCUAAAAUCAGCGCCGAUAAUUAAGAAAAAUACAAAUGACGAGUAUGACAAAAAAGCUGAGGAGAAUCUCAGACAUGCUGAAGAAGAAAAGAUACUAGAAGAUCUGAAUUAUGAGAAACAAGUACAAACAAGCAAAAUUAAAGUUACCGUUAAAAGCAGCAGCAAUGCAAAAGCUGUUAACGAUACCAAGAAAAUGAAUGGUAAAAGACAGAAAAAUAAAGGAGAUAAUAAUGCAGCGAAAAAAGAUAUCAAGCGUAACAAUGAUAUUUCAGAAAAAUCUGAAAAAAUCAUACGCGAUGAUAAAGUAAAUGUGAUUACUAAACCGGCAGAAGACUGUUCUAUGUCUAAUACUAUCAAGUACCAAGGUUUGAAACCAGAAGAAAUUAAUUUUUCAAAGGAAGAACUUACCGAAGAUAGUGUUAGUAAGAAUAGUGCUUGUAACAGUGAUUCAAAAGAUACAAUAAUAGAAGAAAUUAAACCGACGCAAGCUAUUGAAGAGUUAGUUGAAAAGACAUAUAAUAACUCUAGUGAUAAAUCAAAUGACAAUAUCAAUAAUGAUAUUGCUGAUACAUUGAAAUCAGAAUUGGACUUUCCUGCUUUGAAGCCUAAACCUCGACAAAGACGGAACAAUAAGAAAACUCCCGUCGAAACUACCUUUACAGUUGUUGAGGAAAAUGAUUUAAAAGAUGUUAAUAACAAGGCAUCGAUUGAGUCAGAGGAAUUAGUAGAACAACCAUCUUGUGAUGCUGUUAGUCAAUAUAUAAUUGAGGCUGAAAUCAUCAGCACUCAUAAUACAGAGAACACAGAUGAGGAAGUUACAAGAUUUAAGAACAAAAUACCUUAUGAUAGUUCAAAUUUAGUGGUAGCUUUUUGUGUAGAACCAAAUACUAUGUCUGAGAGUACUUCCAAGCUUGAUUUUGAACUUGCUCCAGAAAAGAUGUUGGAAAUUGAUGAUGCUCUGGAUAACUGCUCAAUAGACUUAAAUGUUGCUGGUCAACAGGAUUCUGACUAUAAAAGUUUGGAUACCGAAGUCGAUGAUAUGUAUAUGAGCAUGGAUCCUGAGCAUCAAAUGGAGAAACUGAGCCAAACAUUUGAGGAUAAAAUAAUAGAUGACGUAAUCACAAACGAAGAUUUUAUAGAGAUUGAACGCAAAUCUGUUGAAAAAGUCCCGGAGUUAUCAACUGAUAGUGAUGAUUCGGAAAAACUUUUAAAAGACCUUAAUAAAAAAGCUGAAAAUAUUGUAGAAGAGGAAGAAAUAUGGUCAAGCAAAAUCGAAAAUGUGGAAAAUAAUCCUGUGAAUGUGGAAAGCAAAACACUGCCUGUAGUUCAAAAUGAUACAAAACAAAGUUCUAAACGAAAGAAUAAAAAAAAGAAGAAAAAUUAGGUCCUAAUCAUUACCUCUAUGUUAAGUUUUUUUAAUUACGUUUUACAAAUAUAUAACAGCCAUUUGCUGAGACAG